CGAAAGAUUCAAAACUCCCAGAAAAUUGAUUCUUUGUCACGCUGGAAAAUGGCUUUCCUAAAGAAAACGCUGCACAAUUGUUUAUGAUUCGAUCCAGCUAAAAUCCAACGAAUUCAAUGGCAAAAUUCAAGAAACUUCUGUCAAUCCCGAUCCUCGCCGUGUUUCUGCUGGUGGGUUUCGUGUAUUACAUCACGGUUUUCAUUUUUAUUGAGGAUUGGGUUGGGCUUAGGAGCUCCUCUGGAUCUCUAAAUGCUUUGAUCUUCACUUUCCUCGCCUCUCUCUGCGUUUUCUCUUUCUUUGUCUGUGUUCUCACCGACCCAGGUCACGUCCCGGCUUCUUAUGUCCCUGAUGUUGAAGAAAGUGAUGAACAAACCAACGGAAAUAGUGUGCAAUCGAAGCUUUGUGACAAGUGCUCCACAUACAAGCCUCCGAGGGCUCACCAUUGCCGAGUCUGUAAAAGGUGUGUUUUGAGAAUGGAUCAUCAUUGUAUGUGGGUAAAUAACUGUGUUGGCUAUUGGAACUACAAGGCUUUUUUUGUACUUGUCUUCUAUGCAACGAUCGCAAGCAUCUAUUCCACGGUCAUGGUUAUUUCGUGUUCGUUUCAAAAGGACUGGGAGUUCAGUGGAUAUCUCCCGCUCAAGAUUUUUUAUGUUACUUGUGGAGUAAUGAUGGUUUCCUUGAGCUUGACACUUGGUACUCUCUUGGGUUGGCAUAUCUACCUCAUCAACCACAACAUGACAACCAUAGAGUACUACGAAGGAAUACGGACGGCAUGGCUGACUAGAAAAUCCGGGCAGAACUAUCGGCAUCCUUUCAACGUUAGUGCUUACAGAAACAUUACCUUGGUCUUGGGUCCAAACAUGCUGAAAUGGCUCUGUCCAACUUCAGUGAGCCAUCUGAAAGGCGGCCUCUCGUUCCCCGUUUCGCGUGACAGUUCAUAGACGAUUACUUCUCUCUUGGAUUUCAAAAUCAAGUGUAUCAUUCAUUGCCUUCCAAUCAGCAGAAGACGGCAAGAGCGGCCCGCUAAAUGUUGCUACACAGCCAUGGCGAAACUUCUACAGUGAUGUUAGAUAUGAUGGUGAGAAACCAGGUAGACCAUUUAUUCUUUUUUACCAAACCUGUAGAGGAAGUGGAGACAAAUAUUUUGUUACAACACUCGAAUGGCAGAGGAAUUAUACACUCAACUUAGAUCACUCGAAACCACAUUUCUUGUACUAUUAACAUGUGUAGAAAAAGAGGAAAAUUUGUAUUCCAUGUCAGAAAACAAUUUCUUUAUGUCUUUCUUAAUAAACAUCUUCAAAUACGUUGUAUUAAUUUGGAUUACCGGUUGUGCCCCUGCGAUAUUGGUGGUCAUUUUCUUGAGGCAGAAUAUGGGUGGUAAAAUUAAAAAG